GGGCGCUAUCCGUUGUCACAUCACGAGCUGUGUCAGUCCGCGAACACAGUCGCCAGUGGCGGAGGUAUACAUCGUGUGGGACAGAGUCAGACUGCCAGAGAUCAACAAGAGCCAGAAUACUCCUGCUCCCUGUCAAAGCUACCUAUUCUGGAUGCUGGCGGAAAGAGUUAAUGGACUCUAAUACUCUCCGCGGCCAUUCAAAGGUUUUGGUGCCUUGAACUUCAGGAUUACAUUACGAAUUUCAGACUUAAUAUUCUAAACACUGCUUUUGGUUUGGGGCCAUUCCUAGAAGUAACCAUGAAGGAUUUCAACGGAUAACCGAGAUCAAAACAUUUAUCAUUGGGAUAUAUGUUAUAGAACACUUAUUUUUACCAUCAGAUGGAUGAAAAUAUACUUGUACGUAUCACCUGCUUGGGCCACCUGGAGCUUUGAAACAGAUUUCUUGUUACAAGUCGUAUUAGAGAGAUAGUCAACAAAUUGGUGUUCAAGAGUUGUCCUGUUUUCAUUGGAUUUGGUUUUUUGGACAUUAGUGACUGGCUGGUUUCAGAAAGUCUCCACACCUUCUCGUAAGUUGGAACAUGUUGGGCUGAUCUGCUGAGCGUAUCUAGCCGUAUCCGAGCGUAGCACCAAAGGACCAAAACAGCUGAUACUCAACUCAAAGACAGGACAUGGCCACCAUGGACAACCAAAGUCGGAACAACAGUGAAGAAGUGUCUUCUUAUGAAAACAACACCUCAAGCAUGUACGAGUUUUACACGGCGCCCCAGCUGGUGCUGGUGUCGAUGCUUCUCGCCUUUAUCGUCAUUGGCAACUUGUGUGUCCUUGCUGCCAUACAACUGUCCAAAACUGGUCGAAAGACCCGGAUGAACUUCUUCAUAAUGCAUUUGGCCAUUGCAGAUUUAUUAGUGGGCCUCAUGUGUGUGAUGACUGACCUCCUGUCCAAGAUCACAAUAGAAUGGUACGCUGGGAACUUCAUGUGCAAGGUCAUUCAGUAUCUUCAGGCUGUUGUGACGUAUGCAUCUUCGUACGUGUUGGUGUCGCUGAGUAUUGACCGUUACGACGCCGUUGCUCGACCUAUGAACUUCUCAAGAAGUGCCUAUCAAGCACGGAUGCUAGUGUCCAUGGCAUGGCUAUUGAGUCUUCUGUUCGCGCUGCCAACAAUAUUUAUCUACGCUGAAGAUGUCAGGGAGGACAAAAAGCAAUGCUGGAUGGAUUUCCCGUCUUUCUGGCAUUGGCAGUUAUAUUUUACGCUGAAUGCCAUAGUAACGUUCAUCCUACCUGCUCUGAUCAUCGCGGCCUGUUACGUCGCCAUCAUCUUCAUCAUCUGGACCAAAGGUCAAGACAGUGUCGACGUCCCGGAACAGAGAAACCUCACCGAUAAAGACUAUGACAGCCUGAGGACGGAGCGCCCCCGUGUGACGCUACAGUGCAACAGGAUGAAUGCCGGCCGUGGUGUCAUCCCUCAGGCUAAGAUCAGGACUAUCAAGAUGACGCUCAUAAUUGUCAUAGUGUUCAUCCUGUGCUGGAGCCCCUUCUUUGUGUACAACAUCCUGGAUCUGUAUGACCACAUCCCGUCCAGCAACGCCCUGAGUACUCUAAUACAGAGUGCGGCUCCCUUAAACAGCGCCGCAAACCCCAUCAUAUACGGCAUAUUCAGUACUCGGAUAUGCAGGAACCUCAGAGGUUGUCGCGGUGGAUCUAUCAACAGUCACUCUCAAAGCCGAACUGUCGCCCAACGCACGUCGAUCAACCCCACCGACCGCCGCCGAAGAAUACCUGUUUUCAACUGCCUUGCCAAAGCCUUCUGUAGAUGUAAAACGCCAAAGAAGAGUCCAGUGACUCGGGUGAUGGGUCAUCCCACGUCUUUGACUGACCAGACAUGUUGCACGAUGGAUAACCAUUCAUUAAAACGCUGCAACGAAUCCACGACCCCGUGUCUUGCGCAUCGACGGCCAUCUGGGCUGCCUAUAGUCAGGAAGACCUUGACACCAAAGGAGACGUUGUUACUGAAGAACGUCACAGAAAUCAAAAUGAAGUCUUUGAAGCCAAAGGCAUGAAACACGAAGUUGUUACAGCUUAAGACCAUGCCACUUGAACAUGACCUUGUGCACUGACGAAACAUUGCAAGUGCGAUUGGAUCUUAACACUGCAAACACGAUAUACGGUACAUUUACAGCUAACAGGCUUCAUGUACCUAAAAUUAACGAUUUGAACAAUUCACGAGUUUAUGCAGGAUGUUGUUGACCAAACGUCCGAAUAAAAACCACACAUUUGAGAGGGUGGCCCACUGCUUUCAAAUGCCACAUGACUACUUCAUAUAUAAUCUUGAUUGGAACUGUCGGCUUCUGAGAUGUAGGAUAUUCAACAAGACCAGCAUCAGUGUUGUGAGUACACUUGGCUUCGACUGCCUGUGGAUGUAGUGCAGUUCCACAUAGGAAACUAUGAACCCAGGCAUUUCACAUAUAAUAGACAGGCUGAAACUGGUGUCAUAUGUCAAAGAAGACCCUGAAUCUUUGAUCUUUGAGCUUUUGACUUCAUAGAAAGGAACCAACUCAAAGUAGUAACUGUAUAACAUAUUUUGCCUUUUAGUUAUAAAAUAGUGACUUUAUUACAGGAUACCAUGUGAAGCCAACUUGUUAUUUACACGCAAUAUGGAGGGCACAGAAGGAUCAUGUGUUUGUGUGGAGCUUUAUCAGCAAUUACCAAAUAAUCUAUGAACCUGUUUUACUCAUUUUAGAGGUGCCGCCGUGAAACAUUCAGCUUUAUGUCAGCUGUAAAUAGCACAAGUUUCAAACAUGGAAUCGCACAAACGAAUCUGUGGCUGGAGGAAAUAUAUUAUAGUGUAUUAUUAUCCAAGUUAACACGGUGGAUACGUCAUCGUGUCCUAGUUGGGACUAGCGUGCAUUGUUGCAUGUAAUUUCUGUUAAUACUUGGAAUUUCAUAGUAUUCUUGCACUCUAUAGUUUAUACUUCAAACUGUCACAUUGAGAUGUUAUUUGUAUGUCAAAGUGUGUCUGUAUAAAUGUAUAUAUUCCUUUGUUUGAUGUGGGUAACCAGUGGAAUACCAGUUUACUUUGGGGAGUUAUGUCCCUUUGCAAAAUAUGAUCAGCUGGCUGUAGAAUCGAGUUCCAGAUUUGCCCUGAUUGUAAUUCUUGGUUCGUCAUCACCAUGCACACUUCUGUAGUUUUCACUGUAGUAAAAGUGCUACUUUUAGAGAUUUGACUGCAGUAAAUUUGCCACGAUUGGAGGUUUGAUUGCAGUGAAAUUGCCACGUUUGGAGAUUUAUUGCAGUGAAGUUUGCUACGUUUGGGAAAUUUGAUUGCAGUAAAAUUGCCACUUUUGCAGAUUUGACUGUAGUAAACGUGAUACGUUUGGAGAUUUGACUGUAGUAAAAUAUGUACGUUUGGAGAUUUGAUUGCAGUAAAAUUGUUACGUUUGGAGAUUGGACUGUAGUAAAAUUGCUACUUUUGGAGAUUUGACUGCAGCAAAAUUGUUACGUUUGGAGGUUGGACAGCAGAAACAUUGCUACUUUUGGAGAUUGAACUGCAGUAAAAUUGUUACGUUUGGAGAUUGGACUGUAGUAAAUUGCUACUUUUGGAGAUUUGACUGAAGUAAUUUUGUUACGGUUGGAGAUUUGACUGCAGUGACAUUGCUACCUUUGGAGAUUGAACUACAGUAAAAUUGUCACGUGUGGAGAUUGC